AAUCACUCCCAUUAUGGUAUCUUCUCUUUUAGCCCCUUUGUCUGGAUGCCAACCAGACUCUACUCUCCAACCUUUUGUCAUGUAGUUCCUCUGGUGCCAUAUCUUCCAGCCCCACCUCGCUCUUUUUGAAUGGAGAGGCGCAGCAAGCCAGAAAACCACUCUGGACCAGGGGCAAGCGCCCACCAUAUCCAUUUUGGGAAGCUUGCGGCGCAUGUAGUCAGGUCAGCCCCAAAUUAAAUGCCGCUUUUCGACUGCCGCCACGCGCCGCCACUCUCCUCCCGCCACUGCAGAAUACAACAUGACAAAAAACUGCGUAGAGUAUGCGUCAUUUCACGCGUUUCCCUAUAAAAAGCGCUGCACCCGCCCCCUGUGGCGGUGAAAAAUUUGCCUCUCCACCUAAUCUUGCAUCAUUGCCUUACUACACAAAGCUUCUAUCGAAGUCACACUGAUACUAACUCUGUCUAUACACCUUAAUAUGCCAGAAAAGCACGCAUUCUUCCCUUAUAGGAUCUCCAUAAAUGGUGCCAAUCUCUACUCCAAAUUCAUCACCAACUUUCAUCCCGCAUACUUCAUUCUUAACAUGGGGAUGGGGGUGACGGCAAACAUCCUCGAGAACGACUACCCCAUCCUCCGCCGGUUCUUCUACGAUGUCUCCCUCAUCUUCUUUGUCAUCAAUGUGUUUGUAUUCAUCGUACUCAUUGCCGCCUUUUGCAUCGCCAUAGCGCGCAACCCAUGGCUGAGGACACGACGCUGGUUCAUAAACCCGUCCCUCGCCGGUUUUCUUGGUUGCUUGUCUAUGGGUUUUACCACGAUCAUCAAUUACAUUCAUGCCAUCACCGGAACCAAGGUGAUUGUGUUUGUGUAUGCCCUCUGGUGGAUCAAUGUCGUCACGUCAUUGUUUACCUGCUUCGUGAUCACCAGUUUUUACUUUGUGCCGCCGCUGGACCAGAACAGAGAGACGAACAAGUAUGCGAACAAAAUCACGCCGCAAACCCUCAACUCCCCCUUACUUCUCCCGGUCGUCCCGAUGAUGGUCGUGGCGUCGGCCGGAAACGUCAUCUGGCCGAGCUUGCCCGCGCAGCUCCAGUUCUCGACCCUCUUAGUUACCGCCAUGUUGUGGAGUGUCGCCAUGGCGUUGGCGUUCAUGUUGAUGGCCAUCUACUUGUGGAAACUCUACGUCUACAAGUUCCCCGUCAAGUGCAUGGUGUUUACCGGGUUUUUGCCUGUUGGUGUUUUGGGGCAGUCCAGCUACGGGGUACUCAUCUUGGGAAGAAACGUGUUCGCGUUCAUGACCCAGGAGUCCCACAAGUAUCUGUCCAUAUUCAUGAUGGAGGGUUUAACCAACACCCCUAACGCAGUGCUCUACUUGUGCUGGGGCUUGCGCUACUUGACGGUGUUUGUCUCCUUGUUUCUCAUGAGCUUGGGGUUUUUCUUUACGUUCAUCGCCUUGUUCUCAAUUGCAUACUACAUCAUGGUUUCGCCCCAGAAUAACAGCAUCACCGGGUGGAGGUGGAUUGCCUACCACAAGGGUUUCUGGUCGAUGACUUUCCCACUCGGUACCAUGGCGUUAUCGUUGCUCGAAAACCACAAAACCUUCCCCCACAUUUUGUUCUUCAAGAUUGCCGGGUUGAUGUACUCGCUCAGUCUUUUGUUCGUAGUCUUAGGCUGCAUGAUGGGCGUGGUGUACGAAUUUCCUUGGCGAGACUUGUACAGGCCGUAUGAAUCAGCAGCAAGCGGCCACGAUUCAGACGGCAAGGAUGAGCUAACCAUGACCAGCUCCGAUGGGACGGACCAUAGCGGAUGUCAAGAAGAGAGGCCGGCAGUCACUAUGGUCUGAUACUUUAUGUCUCACCUUUUCCAGCAUUGCUCUCGCAUUUUCACCUUGCAUUUUCACCUUGCAUUUAACUUUAUAGAAUUUUAUUAGGGGGCCACAACCUCUCAAGUACAAAUUCAUAUCUUUUAGUCGUAAUGCAUACUCCUGUAUUUUUAAAAAAACGUC